AGAAUACGCACAGGUUAUUAAAAUGUUGGGUAAUGGUAGGUUAGAAGCGUUGUGUUUCGACGGUGUCAAACGUCUCUGUCAUAUCCGAGGAAAGCUCAGGAAAAAGGUGUGGAUCAACCAGUCAGACAUCAUUCUAGUUGGUUUGAGAGACUACCAAGACCAGAAAGCUGACGUUAUUCUCAAAUACACACCCGAUGAAGCGCGUAAUCUAAAACUUUACGGUGAACUUCCAGAAACAGCGAAAAUCAACGAAGCGGUGGGAUUUGGCAACGAGGGCGUCGAGGAUGACAUUACAUUUGAUUUUGAUGCAGAAGGUGAAGAUGUAGAUGAUAUUGACGAUAUUUAAAUACUAUUCCAGCUUGCAGUGCAACAGAUAGAUAUAUGAUUAUCCAAGCGAUUUACUAGGACUCUUUAUAUAUAUGCGUGCAGGUGCACAUUGGCAAAUUGCAUACUUUAACAGUUUCCAGCCAAGAAUUUCCCCAAUAGACUCUUUAAAAAUGUAUUCCAAACUUAUAGCCAUCCAUGCAUGUUGUUCAUCCUAUAGCUAUUCAACUAGUUUUCCUACAAUUUUUUUUUAUUUAUUUUACUGUUUUGUAAAAGUAUAUUUAUAUUUUGACUAGUUUUGCAGUAAGAUUAUUGGCAUAAUGAUUGCUGUUCUGUUCAAACCAGAGUUGUAUACAAAGUCGCCAUCGCCGUUCCAAAGUUUUAGCCAAAAUAUUAUGAUAAAACAAAGCUUAGUUGCAUCAAAAAAAAAAAUAAUUGAAAAAAAAUAGUAACUUUUUUCCAUUCUAAAAAAAGACAUGCGCGGACAUUCAGUAGAAUGGUAGCUAAACCACCAUUCUUUCUCGAUUUAAAAAAAAAAUAAAAAAAAAAUACAUUCUGUCUACCUGAUCUGAAAUUUACACUCAAAAAAAAUAGUAAAAUUCAGAAAAACUUGGGUAACAAACGAAUUUGGAUGAACAACUUGCAUAGUGUACAAACAUGAAGAAAUAAAUUGAAUAGAAUUAUGUUCAUUCUCCCAAAAUGUAGACUAUCGUUGCUGAUCUGCAUUGUCGAUGAAAAAAGUUAAUUUACACUCAGAUUUGGGUAGCAGAUAUGUGAAUCAUGUAGCAACCAUUGAAGGUGUGUUAUUUGAAAGUCUGAAAAUAACCAAUCAAUUUUUAAAUCGUCUUGUCAAAAUUAGAUGUUUGUUGUCUUAUUUUGAUGGUAUAACAUGUAAAAUACCAAAAACACCCAUUUUUCAAAAUAUUGACAAAAUGUCAAUUUCUUAUCCAUUUAUGUCUGACCAUUAAACCUCUCAUAGUGAGAAAGAAUAUCACUUUUAAACUUUGAAGAAACAAAUUUGUACAGUCUUUUUGGUUUACUAAAGUAAAAUAAAAAGGAAAUGUUAAAACUACUA